ACAGUGUAGCGGCUACACUAGGGCGGGGCCUCGAUGCUUGUUACAGGUCAAAGUUCCAGUCCCUUUAUCUGAUUUAAUCCCCGAUGAUGAGGUAGAACUGUUCUGCCAUCAUCAUAGACAGGAUUUGCUCCAGCCAACUGGCUUUUAUUCUUCAAAGACAGGACAAUGGAUUGAAUUCAAAGAUUGGAUACCAACACAUUUACAACAGGAUACCCAGAUUGCUCUUAGAAUUGAAAUGGAAAAGUCUCAGUCGCCUUCGGACGUCGCAGGUUACAUAUAUACCUUUGAGAUCAGAGAUCCCAAAAAUCCUAGAUCUAUUCAGCUUAAAGUCGGACGAGCGGUAAACCUCGUGAAACGCCUGGACCAGUGGGGUAAACAGUGUGGAUCGAAGGAACAGGUUUUACGAGGCUGGUGGCCUGGUACCGUGGAAGAUGAUGAUGAUAAUUCGAGCGGCAGCCUCAUGAAAGGCAGGAUCAAAGCAGGCGAGAAAGGACCAUUGUGCCAUAGACUGGAGCGUUUAGUACACCUUGAACUAGCUGAUCUUGCGGCCUAUGCCCCGUAUUUGGACCCCAAGUACCCGAAUUGCGAAACUCCUGUUAAACAAACUAACGGCUCUUCCGCUUCUCCGGCAAAAUCGAAAAGUCCUGCAAAAAAGGUCGCAAAGAAACCUUGUUUGGACUGUGGAACUGUACAUAGGGAAAUAUUCACAUUCCCCCGAGCAGAGAAUGGUCGCUACAAAGGGAGGGAAUGGGAACUCAUCGUUCAACCGGUGAUUGAAAAAUGGGGUGGCUUCGUCGCCGAUUGUGUUUGA